UUAAGGCCCAUUAAAGAAUAUCCGUAACCCCUGAUCGGAGAGCUAUUGGUCUUCUCCGGCCAUCAGCGGGAAGGUACAACUUUUGAUCGUGGAAGCUUUCAAAAUGGAGGAGGAGGUUAUCGAAAGAAUUGGUUGGCGAAUUUUAAAGAUUCCCCUGACCUGCAUGAAGCUGAAGAGACAUCUCCGAUUCAUUGAUCCGAGGUACCUUUCCGCAUGAAGCUGAGAGAACAACGCAGAGGGUGAUAGUGUUCGCAACGGAGGGGACACUAGUGAUCACGACAAUGAGGGUCACGGGAACAAUAUGGAUGCUGAAGGAGUGGGAAGUCUGGAGAAUGAUGAGAUUGAUAAGGUGAGUGAACAACAUGCAGACGAGGAGCAUGAACCAAGUGUUGAUAAGGGGGACAAAACGGCUGCUAUGGAGCUGAAGGAGCGUUUGUUAGAGAAUCAACUACAAAUCGAUCCUUCCACUAGUCAUGUGCAAUGCAAUUGACCACUCCGUAGAUGUCACUCUUCAGCCUGCUCUGUUUAAUAGGACUGGAACAAGCGGUCAAGACCAUAGUGAAACACAGGAUAAUGCAAGUGAGAAAGGUUCGGGUAGUUGGGGAACAUGUUCUGGCAGAGUUUGGCUCGUCUACCAACAACCCCCGUUCCUCUGAAUACAUCCCCAUUGAAGAACGCAGACUCCUCUGUUAGAAGGCGAAAGAAAUAAGUGGAAGCCUCUGAGGGAAGGAGUAAAAUAGUAUGGUAAAUCAUGGAAAGAUAUAAAGAAUGCAAACCCUGCAGUAUUCGCAGAGAGUACUGAGGUAAGCAUCUCCUUUUUUGUACAUUCAUACUCAUCAGUUGUCUGAAUUAAGUUAUAUGCGAAAGUGUGAGUGAUAUCAAGGUUGUAACUUGGUAGGUGGAUUUGAAGGACAAAUAGAGGAACUUAGUUCGGUAGGAGUAAUAUCUUUUACAAGGAUAAUUGGGUUAUAAUUGGUGUGGACUUUUGCCUGCAUGACAUGUCAUUCACAGUUUAUGUUGUAAAUGGUAAUGAUGAAAGAACAGACUAAUGAUAUUCUCGUGGGACAAUUCUGGCUGCAACCUUUUGUUGUAGUCAGUGUCAAACUUAUACUGCUGUUCUUUUUGGCGAUAUAUUCCAUCCUUCUCUUCAUUUUUUUCUGUUCUGUUUGUCUCUACUUUUCCACGUUUCAAGUAACAUUCAAACCACAACAAAACAGUAGUCAAGUAUGCAUAACAUAUCCAUUUAGAUCUAUGGUUUGUCUGUUAACAUUCGGAAGUAAGAUGAUGAGCAUUUAUAUUGGUUAAUGCAUAUUUGGUCUAUGUUGCUAGUUCAUUACAGAACCUAGAACUCCAUGAGGGCUGAAGGAAUUCGCCGCCAACAAAAAAAAAUGUUCAACGGUGAGGUCACUGUCACUCUAUUCUUGUCUUAUUCACCACUUCUGUUCUGACUUUUCCCCUCGUUUUUGUCGUUUUAUUUUUGUUAAUUUUAAUAUUUUGGAUUUCUUGUGCCCACCAAACUAAUAAUUGGUUCUUUUGAAUCGUGCAGUUUCCUCAAGCAAGAAAACUCUUGUUUUUUUUAACUAUUUAUCAUCGUUGAUAUUGUAUCUGUGGUUCACAAAACAGUCCCGGGCAUAUUCUUUUUCCUUUUUAGCUUGUUUAGCCAUGUGGUUUUCAAAAAUGGUGCACGUUUGAUGAUUUUAAAAUAAUGCUCGAGUAUAUUUUUUAUUGGCAACUAAGAUUUUUCAAAGUUAUGUAUAUAUUACAACUGGCUCAAUAAAAAUGAAAAUGAAAGGUUUUCUAUAAUAUUAAGUGAUGCAAGCAUUGGUGACUCAGGCCGUAUACUUGUUCUACAUAUUAGCUGCCGACGCUUCUUUGAUGAAGUAGAAUAAUAAGAAGUUAUAGGACGACUUUUGGCAACCAGAGUUAUCUCGUCGUCUCAAACAUUUCUGGGAGCAUCAAUCUGAGUUUUGGUCAACCAUGAACAUGAAUCAGGUUUCGGAGUAUGUAGAAACCGAUCCGACUGGUCGAUAUGGACGUUUUGAAGAAGUUCUUGGAAGGGGAGCGAUGAAGACGGUGUACAAAGCAAUCGACGAGAAGCUUGGAAUAGAAGUAGCGUGGAGCCAGGUGAAGCUAAAAGAGGUUCUACGUUCCUCUGUUGAUCUACAGAGGCUCUACUCUGAGGUUCAUCUUCUCAGCACUCUCAACCACAAAUCCAUCAUUCGUUUCUACACUUCUUGGAUCGAUGUUGAUUCCCAUACUCUCAAUUUCAUCACCGAGUUGUUCACUUCUGGGACCCUCCGACAGUACAAAAAUAAGUACCUGCGGAUAGAUAUCCGAGCAAUCAAGUCCUGGGCUCGGCAGAUCUUGGAAGGGCUUGUUUAUCUCCACGAGCACGACCCUCCUGUUAUCCACAGAGACCUCAAGUGUGAUAACAUCUUUGUUAAUGGGCAUCUUGGACAAGUAAAAAUUGGCGAUCUUGGUCUUGCAAGAAUGCUGCGGGAGGACCGCUCUGCCCAUAGUGUCCUCGGCACUCCCGAGUUCAUGGCUCCAGAAUUAUAUGAGGGGAACUAUAAUGAGCUCAUUGACGUUUAUUCCUUUGGUAUGUGUUUUUUGGAGAUGAUCACCUCUGAGUUCCCGUAUAGUGAGUGCAACAGUCCGGUGCACAUUUACAAGAAAGUUGUUUCGGGAAAGCUACCAAGCGCCUUUUAUAGAGUUGAAGACACUGAGGCACAGAUUUUCAUCAGGAAAUGCCUCGUGCCUGCCUCACAGAGAGUGUCAGCAAGAGAACUAUUGCAAGAUCCGUUUCUCUCGUCUGACGAGUCCUGGAUGGUGUACGCGAGAGGGGCUGGGAAUCUGAAGCCCUUCUUGAAUGAGAACGAAAUGGACAGACUGAAGCUGGAAGAUGAUGAUGAGUUAGGAAGGACCCAGAUGAUCAUCACCGGGGAGCUGAACAUUGAAGAUAACACAAUCUCACUGGAAGUAAUAAUCGCAGAUGAAAAUGUUCCAGGUAUGGCAAAGAAAGUGGCUUUCCCCUUUCGCAUCAUGAAUGAUACUUCCAUUGAGGUUGCAAUGGAGUUGGUAAAAGAACUGGAGAUCACAGAUUGGGAUCCAGUCGAGAUUGCUGAAAUGAUUGAUGGAGAGAUCUCUUCUUUGGUGCAUGGUUUGAGGUACGAGGAAGGUGAGGAAACCCCUCAUGAUUAUCACUCUUCAUCCUCCCACUCACCAUUCUCUCAAGCUUCACUCUCGAACUACAUGGCACGAGGCCGUCAAGAUUGGCUACAAGAUGAUAUUCACGAUGAGACGCAUUCUCAAAGUUCUACCGACACAGGGUCUUACUCCAACCUCAACUACAUAUCUGUUGAUGAACACAGCUCCCAACCUUCUGCUGUGAACAGAACUCACAGCGUGACGAGGUUUUGCCCCGAAGAAAGCUAUCAUCUACAUUCAGGGCAAGCCAACAUGUACGCGGCUUCCAGUUCCAGUUCAGACAACCGUACACUUCCAAGGAACCGGUCGCUUGCAGACGUGCAGGGGCAGUUACUGCAGCGGUCGCUGAUGGAAGAGGCUAGAAAAAGAAGGUUGAUCAGAACUGUUGGAGACGUGGAAACAGUUGGGUUUCAGUCACCUUAUGCGGUUUCCCGGAAGCCACCGAGCUCAAGGCGCUAGGUUUUUCCCGUAGUUUGAAAAUACUGUAAAUCUUUAUUCAUGUAAUAAUAUCUCUAGUGUAGUGUGAAAAAACAAGGCUUGCUGCUUCAAAACUAUAAAAGGUUACACGUGUGUUUGAUAAAGUUGUGAAAAGGCUGCGCUUGGUUUA